AUGUCGACGUGGCAGAUAUUUGUGGAUGCCGGCAAUGCUUUCCGGUGGGAAAAUUCCGAUCAACAUCGCGAGAAAGAGGAACCAGAAGAUUCCGUAGCUCAAGAACCUGUAAUCGAACAUCGCCUCCCUUCCAUGGCGGAUCUCUUACUUCAAGAUUGUUCAAAGUUACUGGAGAAUGCGAAGGAAAACGCGGAGAGUCCACCCAUGUUUCGAACUGGACUCGGAAAAUCUGUAGCGGUGACGAAGUCUUCUAUAGCUAAAGCACGGUCUAUUCUCGGAGAUGUAGAUAUUGAGGUUAAUGAUCGAGAUUGUGCAGGCCAAUUGGAUAUAAAAGAGAAUGGAAAUAGCUUUUCAAAACCAACAUUCCAGACAGGCUUUCUGAAACCGGUCGUUAUUUUUGGGUCUGGUUUCCAGAAUUGCUCAAACAAUGACGUUAACAUGUCAAAUUCCAUGUUCCAGACAGGUUCAGGUAAAGCGGUUAACAUAUCUUCUGCAGGCCUAGACAGAGCAAAAGCAUUGUUAGGUCUGGAAAAAAAUUCCAAUCACGAGACUUUUGAUGGCUUUGAACAGACAAGGAAGCACCUAACCGCAAGUCAGCUUUGUUGUGAAAAUCCAUCUCCCUUAGAGAUGGAGGAUCCAGCUAAUUUAGGUUUUAGCAGUGUUUCCAGAAUUCCCAUAUCUCCCUACAUUGCAAAGUCUAAUUCACUCAGAAGCAAGUCCAAAGAAUUCACUCCAGAUUUUGUGGAUGCUGCUCAUAAACCUCCUCCAGUCAAGUUCCAUACUGCAGGGGGAAGAUCCAUAUCGGUUUCUACGGAUGCGCUGCAACGUGCAAGGAACCUGCUUGGAGAUCCCGAGUUGGAUUCUUUCUUAAAUGAAGCAGACGUAGCCGAUCCAGCAUUUUCAAUAUUUGGAGACGGAAAAACUACUCAUACUUCAAAUAAAGAAAAUGAUCAGAUGACUCCAUUCUCAUGUAAUCGGCCAUCAAAUAGCAAUAGUUUGUUGACGAACUUUACAUCCCCGCUAAGAUCAAUUUCAAACCAAAAGCAGUUGUUGGGUAGGCUGGAGACAAUAGGUCCAGGGAAUAACUUGAUAAAAAAGUUUGAUGCAGAGGCUAGGAAUAACAAUCCUAUCAGGCUUUAUAAUGGUACCAAUGUAAACCCACUAAAAAAUAAAUUUCCUACAGAAAGUAUGGAUUGUUCGGAAAAUGAAAUUCAUUCAAGGAUAGAUACCACAAAAAGGUUAUCAAAUGGUCCACUGGCGGAUAUCUCGAACAGUAAUGGCAUGGACGGUAUAGAUAACAAGCAAUAUUUUGGUGAGAAGAGAAGACUUGGAAGGAUUAAUUCUGUAUCUCCAUUCAAGAGACCCCGAACUUCCAAAUUUGUCACGCCUCUUCGUAAAAAUGAUUCAUCGGUUCCUAACGGUUUGUCCAGACUAGCGCCGAAAGAAUCCUGCAGCAAAGGAAGAGUUUCUAUGCGAUAUCCAUUUCAGGUUCCUCGAGUGUACAUUAAGGAAUAUAUUUCACAGCCUUCAUGUAUCCAAAAGAAGUUGGAGAAUUUGCCAUUCAGUGUCAGAAAAAUGAACCCAACUGCUGCUGAAAAUUACACAUUUCAUACCGAACCAGUUUCAGAUUGCAUUGGACCGGAAGCUUUCAUCCAGAUGCUAUCUCAGUCUGGAGCUUCCCCGCAAUAUUUAACUAAAGAGUGGGUUUCAAAUCAUUAUAAGUUGAUUGUCUGGAAACUUGCAUCUUAUGAGAGAUGCUUUCCUGCCAAGUUCUCUGGAAAACUAUUGACAGUCUCUAACGUGCUUGAGGAAUUAAAGUAUAGGUAUGAGAGAGAAGUAAAUCAUGGCCAUCGAUCUGCAAUCAAGAAAAUUUUAGAUGGAGAUGUGCCGCCUUCUUCGAUGAUGGUACUGUGCAUUUCGUCUGUUGGUGAAAAUUGGGACCCUAAGAUUGGACCUCAAUCUGUUUUGUCAGAAGGCGAUGACAAUGCAACAGUUGCAAAAAUCGAAUUAACUGAUGGGUGGUAUUCGGUGAAAGCUCUACUUGAUGAACUGCUAUCUAAGAAGCUUGCUGCUGGGAAGUUGUUUCUGGGCCAAAAGCUCAGGAUCUGGGGAGCUAAAUUAUGUGGCUGGGUUGGGCCCAUUUCACCUCUUGAGGUAUCGCAAACAACUAGUAUAUUAUUGCAUAUAAAUGGAACAUACAGAUGUCAUUGGGCUGAACGAUUAGGAUUCUGUAAAAGUGCCAGCGUUCCGUUAGCAUUUAAAUGCAUAAAGGGUACUGGAGGAUCUGUUCCUAGUACUUUAGUUGGGGUUGAAAGGAUAUAUCCAAUUCUUUACAGGGAAAGGCUUAGUAAUGGGGACUUUAUUGUGAGGUCCGCGAGGAUGGAAGCUAAAGUGCAGCAAUCAUAUAAUCAGAGGCGAUCUGUUGUUGCAGAAGGGAUUAUGUCUGAGUUCCAAAAGGAAAAAGAAGUUUCUGUUGGCGAUGAUGACCAUGAUAAUGAUGAAGGAGCCAAACUCUUGAAGUUACUUGAGACAACUGCUGAACCAGAAUUACUAAUGGCUGGGAUGAGCUCAAAACAAUUAACCUCUUUUACUUCUUAUAAAGCUAAACUAGAGGAAAUGAGGCAGUUGGAUAUGCAAAAAUCUAUUGAGAGAGCUCUGGAAGCAUCUGGCCUAAAUGAGAGAGAGGUCACUCCAUUUAUGCGGGUUAGAGUUAUCGGGUUGACUAAUAAAUGUCAUCAACGAAAAUGCUACCCAGGCAAAGGCUUGAUAACUAUAUGGAACCCAACUGAGAAACAGAAACUAGACCUGAUCGAGGGGCAGGCAUAUGCUGUUGGAGGUCUUUUACCAUGCAGCUCCUAUUCAGGCACCCUUUACUUGAAAGCAAGAGGCUCAACUUCCAAUUGGCUGCCUUUGUCUCCUUCAAUAAUUGAAAAAUAUGAGCCUUUCUUCACUCCACGAUCAUCAAUUACAAUAUCAAAUCUGGGUGAAGUUCCUCUCUCCAGUGAAUUCGAUAUAGCUGCUUUCGUUGUUUAUGUGGGAGAGGUGUAUACAGAAGCUCAUCAAAAGAAGCAGUGGGUGUUUGUGACGGAUGAAUCGGCAUCUGAAUUGUUUUUCAAGGAAUCAUCAGAUAAAUUGUUGGCCAUAAGCUUUUACUUGCCUUGCAUAGAGCGUGAUUCAUUUGCACCAGUAAACUAUAAUGUUGCAGGAUCUGUGGUUGUGUUUCGUAAUCUCAUCAAAAGACCUAAAGAUCAAGUGAAUAACCUGUGGGUGGCGGAAGCAACUGAAAAUUCAGAUUAUUCUAUAAGUUAUGAUCAUGCGGGUUACAACCAUUUGAAGGAUGCUGCUACAUCAAUGUUAAAAUGGGCUAAGACCUCAAGCUUGAUAAUAGAGAAGCUUAAGGAAGAUGUUCUAUCUAUUCUCAGAAACACACAUCUGAAUAUCACAUCAGUUGAGGUUGAAGUCCAUAUCAACAGUUCAGAUGGCCCAAAUGACUAUCGCUGCAUGAAGGAACCCAAAUUUCAGAGGGCCAUUGUGAUUUCAAGAUUUGGAGUAUUUUAUGAACUAGUCGACUCAGUUGGCCUGCAUUACAUGGCUUUGUAUAGUUAUUUUCGAUACAACUUUUAUUCUAUUGCUGGCCUCCUCCUCUUUGGCUUUGUUUUUGCAGCUCUUUAUCUAACAGAGAACAGUAGCCGCUUCCUGGAAGAGCAGACUUCGCCUAAUGAUUCUGUACCGCACUGUGAUUUGUUCUCAGGCAAAUGGGUUUACAAUAACUUAUCUUACCCUCUGUACAAGGGGAAACAAUGUUCUUUCAUGGAGGACGACUUUGCGUGUGAGAAAUGGGGAUCAUUUGGAAGCUCUGAUGCAAUCUACAAAGAAGUCGGGAUGAUGCAUCGCCAAUAUGAAAUGGCUUUGAACACAUGGUCAGACUGGUUGGAGUUCCACAUUAAUAGAACUAGAACAAAGUUGUUUUUCAUGAGCCUGUCGCCUUAUCACAAAAUAGGUAAUGAUUGGGGCAUGGAUAGAGGUCGAACUUGCUACAGUGAAACUAAGCCAAUUUUGAACGAGGGAUAUCAGGGAAGUGCCACCGAUGGUAGAAUGAUGCAGAUAGUAGAAUCAGCAAUACAAAAGCUCGAAACAAGAGGUUUAAAGGUAGAGUUCCUCAAUAUAAUACAGUUGUCAGAUUGCAGGAAAGAUGCUCACCCUUCUAUCUAUAAGAAGUUUUGGGUGCCUCCAACUGAAGAACAAUUAGCAAAACCUGAUAACUAUUCAAAUUGUGUGCAUUGGUGUCUUCCAGGGGUGCCUGAUGUUUGGAAUGUUAUCCUCUAUUCCUACAUUUUGCAUUCAUGA